UGCAGGGUGUAAUUAAUUGGCUGAUUCAGACGCACAAUGAAUGAACUGUGCCCCUCGUGUGUAGUUUUUCCGCCAGGAAUUACCUGUGCAGCGGGGUGCCUGGCUCUUGUUUGGAGAGCGGAUGACGUAGCGCAUUCGUCUACCACGACUUCCUCAAGGGCUGCUUUUGUUUAAAGCUCCUGGGCCCCGACUUCAAUCUAACGAAACUUAACUUUCACAAGAACAAAAUACACACACAGCAACAUGGAGACUAUUAGCAACAUUGCGUCCACAGCGACGACCACCGUCUCGAACCUCAUCUAUGGUAGCCCGGACACAGCUACCAAGACUAACGAGACCGCCGGCCAGGAGCCAGUCUCCGGGCAGACUGGCAAGGGUACUGUCGACGAGCCCUAUGACCAGGGCAACUCCGGUGAGCCUAGCCCUGAACGAUCGAGGGCCUUUUGGGUGGGCACGUGCUAACACUAGCUUGCAGAGGUCGCUCUUGACAAGAACACGCCCUCCACCACCGGCACAGGCCUCGAGUCCUCGAAGGUGGUCG